AUGCUCGUUCUCAGACGAUUUGCUCGGCACUGUGUUGCGCUGCCUCUUUUAGGGGCGGAUUUCCAGGCACUGCGCCGCGCCUUGACUCAUCAUAUCCCCUUUCCUCCCCAUCUCGGCAUCCCUCUGCCACUCCCCAUUUAUCCAACCCUCUGUCCUUCCCCAUUUCCUCGUUUCGCAGUCACUCCUCAUAUCCCUACCCAUUUCCCCUUCCCUCAAUGCCUCCCUUUCCAUAUCCCUGUUUCUCACUCCCCUUUACCCCCUCCAUCUGGUCCCUCCCCAAUUCGCCUUCCCUCUGUCCCUCCCCAAUUCGCCUUCCCUCUGUCCCUCCCCAAUUCGCCUUCCCUCUGUCCCUCCCCAAUUCGCCUUCCCUCUGUCCCUCCCCAAUUCGCCUUCCCUCUGUCCCUCCCCAAUUCACCUUCCCUCUGUCCCUCCCCAAUUCGCCUUCCCUCUGUCCCUCCCCAAUUCACCUUCCCUCUGUCCCUCCCCAAUUCGCCUUCCCUCUGUCCCUCCCCAAUUCGCCUUCCCUCUGUCCCUCCCCAAUUCGCCUUCCCUCUGUCCCUCCCCAAUUCACCUUCCCUCUGUCCCUCCCCAAUUCGCCUUCCCUCUGUCCCUCCCCAAUUCACCUUCCCUCUGUCCCUCCCCAAUUCGCCUUCCCUCUGUCCCUCCCCAAUUCGCCUUCCCUCUGUCCCUCCCCAAUUCGCCUUCCCUCUGUCCCUCCCAGCGUUCCAUCCAGUCACGCCUGCGGCGCCCCCGCUGACUUAG